ACCGCUGAGGGUCGCCCGGGAGGCGGGCCAGGCGUCCACGUGCAGCGAGCGGGGAGAAGGCGGGGAGAAGCGGAAUCUGCCGCUGGGCCGGCGGGGGCGGUCCUGGAGGAGCUGGGAACCGCGCCAGGCUGGCAGCGCUGCUGGUGCUGCGCGUACUAGUGCCGUGCCCGCCGGCGCUCCUGGCCAGGCAGCGGCUGCUUCGACUGCUGCUUCUCCUGCUCUCCGACGCCGCCGCGAUGCCUCGCCGGAUGGAGAAGUUCUUGCAAAUUGCCCCGCACUCCUUGGCCAUCGUCCUGAGCCCCAGCGGCGGGGAAGAGGCUGCUUCGCGGCCGGCCAGACACCGAGAGGAGCUGCAGGAGGACUGCGGACAGGCGGAGGACGACGACGACGGGGAAGGUGAGGGUAAGCGGCGGCGGCGGCAGCAGCAGCAGCAAGGGGAAGGAGCGCCUCCGCCGCCGCCGGGCAGCGACUCUCUGGGUCGCCACCAUAUCGGCUACGAGAUCUUCGCCGACUUCAAGCAGGAGAACAUGCAGCAUUUCUGGAACAAGAAGGUGACGGCGGCGGUGGCCGAGACUUUCUUCCUGGGCUGGAUCGACGAGCAGGUGCUGCUGAUCCAGGGCAAGGAAGAGCACCUGGAGGCGCUGCGCGAGGGCUGGAUGCGCAGGUCCCUCAAGCCCCCCGCGGGCUUCCGAAUAAAGUGCCUGGCAAAAUUCUGGUUUCCAAGAAGACUGACUAUGGGAAAUGACUGUGAAAUAACGUCCCCCACUGCCAAUGAUACGCAUGCACAUUGUUUUUUAUGGGGUUCUUAAAAAUAUUAGUUAUGCUCACUUUUUUCACCAACAGCUUACAGGCUUUGUUGAAGUGAUAUAGAGGAUGCUUAAUGCUUACAUAUAUAGGGUGGAUUUAAUUGAACAAUGCAAACAGAACUGUCUUCUGAUAAAGAAUUCCAAAGACUUGCAUAGGUGAAAAUCUCUGCCCCUUUAGAUGUCAUGUUACGGUGUUGUUUGUCACUGUUCAAUCAUGUUAUGAUAUUAUUAUGCUGCGAACUCAACAUGAGCUUAUGAUAGUUUGCAUAGCCUCCACUUUGGUUUGAGAAGUGUCCUACCUCUCCCCACCUUUUAUUUUGUAAGGAGGCACAGCCGGGCCAACUUAUUCCUCAGAGCAGGUAUGGAUUGGUGAUCAGGCAGAAUAAUAUGGCAAGGGCCUAUUUGUUUACAUGGUUAGUGAGUUGUUAUAUCUUGCUUGCUUUUCUUUAAAACAGGGAUGAGGAGCCUGGGGUCCUUGAAAUGAUGUUGCACUAUAACUUCCAUCACCCCUAAUCACUGGUCAUUCUAGCUGGGGAUGAUGCAUCUGAAGGGCUACAGCUUCUCCCCUCCUGCUUUAAAACAAUCCAUUGAAGUCCGCAAAAUAUUACAGCAAAUCAAAAUACAAUGCAGGCUGUAUCAGCCAAAACAAAGCACCCCAGAAUAAAAGUGGGCAAGAGGCACAUUUUAACAUCUUACCAGGCCCUUGCCCAAUGCUUUAUGAAAAUGCCUGUUCUCAGAACAUGGUGGACCAACUACCGUAGUCACCAGCUAACGGGCCGGGUAGUCCUUCAAGAAGGCAUGUGGUGCUGCAAUUGAAAAGCUUCCCCCCUCCCCCAGUGCCUGAAGCCGCACAAGAGCAGAGGCGCACAGAGACAGACACCAGCGUUCGGCGCCCCUUCUGCACCCCUGAUGGCCAGGCGCCCUGACACCUUGCGCCACCCGGCCUGGGCCUAGGGACGGCCCUGCAUAUGGUGAGGAAAUUCUGAGAAAGCCUCUGGUGUCGAUUGAAUUAUGAAUAGGUUGUACUAUAGGCUAAAGCACAAUGUUAUGGAUGUACAGUGGAACCUCGGUUUAUGAACACCUCGGUUUACGAAUUUUUGGUUUAUGAAUGCCACAGACCCAUCUGGAAUGGAUUAAUUCACUUUCCAUUUCUUUAAUGGGAAAGUUCGCUUCAGUUUAUGAACACUUCAGUUUAAGUACUCCGCGGACCAUCUGGAACAGAUUAAUCCACUUUCCAUUACUUUCAAUGGGAAAGUUCGCUUCAGUUUAUGAACGCUUCAGUUUAUGAACAGACUUCCGGAACCAAUUGUGUUCAUAAACUGAGGUACCACUGUAUUGAACUUUUCUCUAAGCUUUUAAAAUUUAUGUUGUUGGUGAUUUAUAUGAAAACCAAAAUAUUUGCAGAAGUGUGACACUUGUACAAUUCUCUUGGUGUAGCAACAUAGUCCUAAGUGUCUGUAGCAUGCAGUAUCAAUCCAUUUUAUGAACUCUGCUGGGAUUGCCUACUCUACUGUCCCUCUGUACAAAGAAUGAAUUUUCAAGAGUAUAGUUAUGACAGUGUUUCAAUGUGUGUGUGUGUGUGGGAUAUUCAUUCAUUAGAAAGUCUUUUUGGUGAUCUUGUCAUGCACUUUCCAUAUUUUGCCUUCAGUCUCAAUGUAGUACUAAAUAGAACCUCCUGAAUUACUUUGGUUUCAUUGUUUUUAUUCUUGAAGACCAAAGAACCUGGUAACUUGCUUUAGCUGAGUUAUUGGAGUCUUAAUUAUGCAAAACCAAGUCAAUGGCUUUUCCCCUUUUUGCCUCAGCAAUGCUUGUGGGCAUGUAUGGCAUAGUGUAUAUGUAUGCAUUUAUAAGUAACAUAUAAAUAUGUAAUGAGUUAUUGUAGCAGAAAUGCAUAUAGAUUAUGGAGUUUCAAGAAGACAUUCCAGUUCCUAAUUUAGAGUCAUUGAAAGAUACCAGACUUAAUGUGGUUGAAACCUAAAAAGGCACCCUAUUAUUUCCAGGCAAGUUUGGCAGUGGUCCAAUGAAAAGAGAAGAAGUGGAAUUGUACUUAUGAAGUUGGUCCAAUGUGUAGCCCUCCCAGCACAUUGGUAGCGGGUGACAGACAAUUUGGCCUGGAUCUGGAGAGCAUAAAACACAGCUUAAACAAGUCAAACUGGCUUUAGCUUCAGCUUCCAUUGUUUUCUCUGUAUGUUAUAAUGCUCAUUUAUUUAAUUAUUCUGGUAAAAACCUGUAUUUGAAAGAAAAGGCAAACAGAUGGUGUUCAUAAAUCUUGCUUAGUAUGUAACUUUCCUUAUAUUAUCCAGUAGUGAUUAGUUCUAUUUUUUCCUGAUAGACUAUCACCAAAAGUCUUUUUUGGAGGGAAAGAAUGAAUGUCACGUGUAAUAGGCCCACCUUUACUCUGAAAAUGCAUUACAAUUAUAUUUCUGGAUUAGGUCACUAAGGAUUGUUUUGUAUGUGCAAACCUUUUGUUGACAGUGUGAUCAGUCUCAGAUUCUUGCUUUCAACAAUGUGGAUGUAAGACUAUGUGAAUUAAAAGCACACCUCUAUAUGGGAUUGCAGUGCACCUUCUGAUCACUGUGGAAUUUUUAGGAACUGUGAAGAUAGCUGGAAAUGCUGCAAUCCUAUGUAAACAUGGGCACUUCUUCAUAUGGGACUAUCUUAAAAGAGCUGUGGGCAUUUGUGAGCCAUGAUUAUGCAAAGAGAAUUUGUUGCCUUGUCACAUUUGGUAACCAAGCUCUUCGCUUGCGAUCCAAGGAGGGAAUAUAUAUGCAAAUGGGGGAGCCCACCUCCUCCUGGAAGAUUUAUUCAUUUUGCAACAACAGUUCCACGUCCACAGAGGCAAUACCCUCUUAAAACACUGGUAACAGACUUGCUGUGGCAGAAACACCUAGAUUUUCAUUUUUUUAAAAGUUUAAAUAACCUUUCAUAUUAUUUUCCAUAUUGUUUUUGUUUCUUUUUUUAUAAAUUCUUUAUUAUUUUAAUAAAUAUAAAAGCAUCGACAUACAAAAUACAAAAGCAUACAAAAUACAAAAAUACAAACACUCGCACAAAAAUUGCGAAGAGAAAAGAAGAAAAACAUAAAAAAUAAAAAUAAAUAAAAAUAAAACUAUAUACCAAACAGAAACAAUAUUCCAUAAAAUAAAAUCAGUUCUUCCAGUUAUUCUCCCUGUAACUUAUACUAUUCUUAUUUUACCGCACAUUUAUGAAUACUACAUCUACAUAUCAUUUUGUUCCUUACAUUGUAUAUCAGGUUCAGCCUGCUGUUAGGGAUUCAGACAUUCCAUUUUUCAAUAAAUAUUCUUUAAACAUCCUCCAUUCCUCCUGUGUUUUUUGUCUAAUUUGUCCUCUUAUUCUUGCUGUUGUUCUUGCCAAUUGUAAAUAUUCUAGCAUCAGUGUUUGCCAAUCUGCUAUGCUGGGUGUAUUUUUGGACUUCCAAUUUCGAGCCACUAGGACUCUUGCUGCUACUAUCCCAUACACUAACAAUAUCCUUUUUUGUUGUUUUUAUAUCCGCUGGUAUUAUAUUUAAUAAGAAUAUUUCUGGUUUUUUUCUAAAUGUAUGUUUUAUGUAUUUCUAAAUGUAUGUUUUAGUAAUUUUUUUAAGUUCUUCGUAAAUCAUAUUCCAAUAAUUACAAAUGGUGGGGCAACUCCACCACAUGUGCAUAUAUGAUCCCUUAUCCCAUAUUGUUUUUGUUUCAAUAUGUUGCUGUUUAGCCACCAUGGGCUUCAGUUUGAGAGAUAAAUCAGGGUACAUAAUUAAUAUGAAAUGAAAUUAAGGAAGCACCAGUCCUAUGAACAAUUCUCCAUGUUCACAGGCAAGAAACUGUAGUUAUGAACUGUUUGGGAUCCAUGUAAUGGAGAACGUUGGCUUGCCACUAAAGUGAGGCGAAGUCACAAUAUGUGAGGGGAGGAAAGAGGGCAGGCAGAGCACAAACACAGGGUUCAUUCACAAACCCUUUAUUUAUUUUAGAUACAAAGAAUAUACAGAACAAGAACAGUAAACAUGAAAACAUGAAAAGGCUCUCUAUUUCACCCAUUUGCCAUUUACAAGUUGGUAGGUGAUUGAAAUGGCAAUGGGGGUGGAGUGAGCAUGCUCUUCCCUAUUGCUACCCUCAUCUGUUAACUUGCUGAAUUCUUAAUGCCUGGAGAGGGUUAAUGGAGUAAAAGAAAGGAGCUCGUGAAUCCAAAGAUUGUCCGUGAAGGGACCAUGUUCUCUAGUAACCUCCAGGAUGGACUACUGUAAUGCGCUUUAAGUGGAUCUGCCCUUGAAAUUAAUCCAAAAGUUGCAACUAGUGUGGAAUGCAGUUGGGCCAACUGGCAGUGGGCCAGUUGACCACAACUCCUGUUACUAAACAUCUGCACUGGUUGCCAGUUACCUUCUAGGCCCAGCUCAGGGUGCUUAUGUUGAAUGGCCUGGAUCCAAAUGUAUGAGAUAAUGACCACCCUACCUGUGUUGGUUGAUCAGUGGUAGAGGCUUUCAUGGUGGUUGCUGUGUUAAAGGAGGUGUAUAGUCCAGGGACCUACGGAAGAGCAUUUUUGGUGUUGGAUCUGUGACACUGGAAUGGCACCCCCAUUGACAUGCAUCUUGCCCCGGCUCUGUAUUCUUUCAGAUAUUGGGUAAAAACACACCAUUUUUGCCAGCUUUUAGUAGCUGAAAGUUAAGUCAUUUUUGGGGUGUUUUUAAUUAUGCUAUUUAUAUAAAUUCUGAGAAUUAUUUUAAUGCUUUCAUUUAAUAUAUUUUAUAUUACUUUAUUUUUUUGGUAAAUUUCCUUCUGACCUUUUUUCUUGAAGGGUGGUAUAGAAAUCUCUUAAUAAAUAAUGUUAAACUGUUGUUUGAUGCUAUGUGUGAACAAGUGACUGGCCAUGUUUGCACACGACACUAAGCCAUGGUUUGUUUUAAUCAUGAUCUAUUGAACAAAAGAGGAUCAACCUUGCAGAUGAGCAAAGUAAUAUUUGUUUUGUUUUCUUACAUUUUGUGUCUCAUCCAGGUACAGGCAGUGAGCAUUUGGGCUGGGACAGUGAAACAAAUCAGAGUACCAUUUCAGACCUAAAAAGGAACCAUGAUUAAGACAAGCUCAGAUUUGUAAGCCAACUUCAAGCCAUGGUUUGUUGGUCACAUUCAAAACCAUAUUUUGUGAGCUUGGUUUGGAUGUACAAAUAAUCACAGUUAAGCUAAACAAACCACGACUUAGCAUCCUAUGGGAACAAACCUUCCCCAGAGACUUAAAUUUCAUGAAAAUAAAAAUGUGGCAACUCUUAUGUAUGCCGACCUGAGCUCCUUUAAUAAAUUUUAUUUCUCCCUGGUUUGGCAUCUAACGUGGCUUUCUUCUACACUCAAGUCUACCAUGUGAUAACUGCUGUGAGAUUUGUCAAUAGCAAAAUAAAGAGAAUCUUCUUUAUGUGGGCUUCAUUCUAUAUAUAAUUAUUCUGUGGUCCUUCUUUCUAACUUCCCAUUCUUGCAAAAUAUUUUCAGCGCUACUAACCUGGAAUGCUGAAUCUUGAAAUAUGUCUUGAUCUCCUUUCAGUGCUUUUCUGUCAGUAAGAAAAGUUACACUAAUUACUCUUAAUCUUCUACCCUGUUUCUCAUAUUUUAAGACAUACCCAUAAAAUAAGCCAUAGCAGGAUUUUUAAGCAUUCAAGGAAUAUAAGCCAUACCCCGAAAAUAAGACAUAGUGAUAGGCGCAGCAGCAAUGCCGGCCGCGGCAGGAGGAGGAGGAAAAAAAUAAGACAUCCCUUGAAAAUAAGCCAUAGUGUGUUUUUUGAGGAAAAAAUAAAUAUAAGACAUGUCUUAUAAUAUGAGAAACACGGUAGUUCUUUUUGUGAAGAAUAUUUGACUGCCAGAAAAAUAAUACGAAAUUACUUGGGGGAUGGGAAGCGCUAUUAAAUCACCAGCGCUAUAGUAAUUGUAAUAAGAAUAAUAGCAAAUAGCAAAAGAGUCAAGGCUAUGCAUUUAUGUAUAAUAUAGUUCGCCGUAAGUGGUGUUAAAAGGAAAAUAUUUUUCUUUUGAAAUGUGAUGUAUGAGCAUGUAUGUCUGUUUUAUAUCGGUUUACUUUCAGAAAUGCAAGCUUCACUUUAACUACUACAGUGGUACCUCGGUUUAUGAACACAAUUGGUUCCGGAGGUCUGUUCAUAAACUGAAGCGAACUUUCCCAUUGAAAGUAAUGGAAAGUGAAUUAAUCCGUUCCAGAUGGUCCGCGGAGUAAGCGUUCAUAAACUGAAGCAAACUUUCCCAUUGAAAGUAAUGGAAAGUGGAUUAAUCCGUUCCAGACGGGUCCACGGAGUACUUAAAGUGAAGCGUUCAUAAACUGAAGCAUGGGUGUAAUUGGUUCCGGAAGUCUGUUCAUAAACUGAAGCGUUCAUAAACUGAAGCAAACUUUCCCAUUGAAAGUAAUGGAAAAUGAAUUAAUCCGUUCCAGAUGGGUCCGCAGCGUUCAUAAACCAAAAAUUCAUAAACCGAGGUGUUCAUAAACCGAGGUUCCACUGUAUAGAUCUGUUCAGAUACAACAUUCAAACUCUUAACCAAGGUUAAGUGAUUGGGAUCGGGUAAUGGACUUGGAUGCAAUAUUAUCUCUUCUUCCCAUUUCUUCUUUCCCAUGACACAAUUUUACAUCUGCAGCAAGCUUGCCCAUGGUUGCAAAUCAGCUUUGGGCUGUAUGCUACAGUAUGACUUUUUCGUUGGUACACUACAGAAUCUACCACAUAUGGGAAAUAUAAGAUGCGGGUACAAAAUGUCUGCUGAAAUACAAUAUCCUCUUACCCAGUGGAAUCUCUGCUUGAGAGUUUUAGUUUCCUUUCAGAAGCAACUGCCUGUAUCCCUUCCAUUUUUCUUUAUCUUCGAGGGCUAGAAACCUGAUUUUUUUUUAAUUUAAAAAAAAUUAAAGAUGACAUUCAAGAUCCUGCACUGCAUGGUGAGCUUUCAGGUGUGGAUGAUCUGUAUGAUCCUGUUUGUAACUUGGAGGUGAGUGGGAAUUCUAGCAUUUCACAUUUUUGAAGGAUGCAAGUAACCAAGGAUUUAAACCACCACCACUGAAGCUUGAAACUGCAGGCAGUUUUUAUCUAGGCAGUUUUAAUCCCACCCUUUUAUGUUCAGAUUAGGUACAUGUGGGGAUGUGCUGAAAGGCUGUUAGCAGGAGGUUCUUUAUGGACAGCUCAAUAAUAGCAUCAAUCUUCCUCCUCCUCCUCCUCCUCCUCCUCCUCCUC